AUGUCUGAAGGAGCACAUCAACUCGGAGACAAACAAUCUAAUGAUAAGAAACCAGAAGAUCCAUCUCAUCCAGGUAUGGAUCCUGAUCCAGCUGAACGCGGUAAACAACUCGGUCAUGAAAAUGCUCAAGGUGGUCAAUCCGUUGGCACAGGUGGACAUGGUGGUGUUGGCCAUUCUGGCGGUAAUCAACCCGUCGGUGGAAAACAUGCAUCAGAUGCAUCUAAUUGCAGCGAAGAACAAUUACAUCCAGGUAUGAAUCCUGAUCCUGCUGAACGUGGUCGACAAUUAGGACAUGAAAAUGCUCAUGGUGGACAUUCUGUUGGUACAGGAGGACAUGCACCAGGUGGAGCCAAUAUGGGUAAAUAA